UAGUCUUAAGAACCCUUUCCAUAGGCAUCUGCAGCUAGCAAAGAAUGGCUUCUAAACCAGGAAUCCUCACUGCUUGGCCAUGGGAGCCUCUUGGAAGCUUUAAGUACAUAAUCCUGGCUCCUUGGAUUACUGAGAGCAUAUACUAUAUUAUGGUUAAGGAUGCAAAGGAGUGGGACUAUACCAACCUUGUGGUAAUCCCGUUCAUGUUAUGGAGAAUGUUGCACAACCAGAUUUGGAUCAGCCUUUCUCGUUAUCGAACCGCCAAAGGCGCCAACAGGAUCGUGGACAAGGGUAUCGAAUUCGACCAAGUUGACAGGGAAAAGAACUGGGAUGAUCAAAUAUUGUUCAAUGGGAUCCUAUUUUACUUGGGCAACAAGUACAUUCCAGGAGCUUCAAAUUUACCGAUAUGGAGAAUGGAUGGGGUGAUUAUCGCCAUGUUGCUCCAUGCCGGCCCUGUUGAGUUCCUUUACUACUGGCUCCAUAGAGCAUUGCACCAUCAUUAUCUUUACUCUCGCUACCACUCUCAUCACCAUUCUUCCAUUGUCACUGAGCCUAUCACUUCUGUGAUUCAUCCAUUUGCAGAGCACAUAGCAUACUUUCUCUUGUUCGCAAUACCAAUGGUGACAAUUGCUGUAACUGGGACUGGAUCCAUCGUCGCCUACGGUAUCUACCUCACUUACAUCGACUUGAUGAACAACAUGGGCCAUUGCAACUUCGAGUUCAUUCCCAAUUGGAUCUUCUCCGUUUUCCCUCCUCUCAAGUACCUAAUGUACACUCCAUCGUUCCACUCGUUACAUCAUACACAUUUCAGGACCAACUACUCAUUGUUUAUGCCGAUCUAUGAUUACAUGUAUGGCACGAUGGACAAAACUUCGGAAUCUUUGUAUGAAAAUUCACUCAAAAGAAAAGAGGAAUCCCCAGACGUUGUCCAUCUGACGCACCUAACCACAACUGAAUCAAUCUAUCAUCUUCGCGUUGGAUUUGCCUCCUUCGCCUCUAAACCAUACUCAUCAGUUUGGUACUUGUGGUUGCUCUGGCCUGUUACAUUGUGGACCAUGAUGCUUACUUGGAUUUAUGGUCGAACUUUUGUUGUUGAAAGGAAUCGUUUUGAUAAAAUCAAAUUGCAGACAUGGGCCAUACCCAAGUACGAACUACAGUACCGCUUGAAAGGGCAAAAGGAAUCCAUCAAAAACUUUAUUGAGGAAGCCAUACUAGAGGCUGAUGAAAAAGGUGCUAGUGUGCUGAGCCUCGGCCUCAUGAAUCAGAGUGAAGAGCUGAACAAGUAUGGCGAGGUGUAUGUAAGUAAGCACCCCAAGCUUAAAGUUAAGUUAGUGGAUGGGAGUAGCUUGGCAGUGGCAGUUCUUCUGAACAGCAUACCACAAGGAAUAACCCAACUACUUCUUAGAGGCAAGCUGACUAAGGUCGCUGUUGCUGUCGCCUUUGCCCUAUGCAAGAAGGGCAUUCAGGUUGUUGUAUCGCGUGAGGAUGAAUAUGAGAAGCUUGAUAAGUCAUUUGGCACAAAGUAUGACUGUAAAUUGGUUAUGUCAAAGAGUUAUAGCUCUUACAAGAUAUGGUUAGUGGGAGAUGAAAUGACCGAAGAAGAGCAAAGAAAGGCCACCAAAGGAACACUUUUUAUACCUUUUUCGCAAUUUCCACCCAAAAGAUUGCGCAAAGACUGCUUCUAUCACACCACACCAGCAAUGCAGACUCCCAGGGCCCUUGAGAACGUGGAUUCUUGUGAGAAUUGGCUGCCUAGGAGAGUGAUGAGCGUAUCGCGCAUAGCCGGGAUAGUGCGUGGUCUAGAAGGGUGGGAGGAGCAUGAAUGUGGUUCCACCAUCUCAAACAUUGACAAAGUUUGGGAAGCAUGUCUCAAGCACGGAUUUCAGCCACUGAGGAUCUCAGCUCUAUCAAAAUCCUAGAGCAUAUUUGGCAAUAUAUCUAAUUUAUCUACUUGAUAGCUAUGGUUCUAUGUAUAAGUAUUUACCUAUAUAACAUUAUAUUUAUCUUGGACAAAUCAAGAGAGUCUCUUAUGA